UACACAUACACACACGCAAUAAUAUUUGAAUUUGAAUGUCACUUUUUGUGAUUUUAUGUUUCUGAUGUCUAUUUGUUGAAAUUGCUGUGUAAUUUUAUCUAAUUGCUUUUAUUAACCCCCAGGCACAGUUUUAAUUGAGCUAUUAGUAGAAAUCUUUCGUUGGUUCUGUCCUGCUGAGGAACAGCUUGUGUUUUUGCUUUAUUCUCUGAGGGAAUAUCAGCCUCACUAAUGUAGAGGGACACGUUUGAGUCAAGCUUUAUGAUUCUGAACUAACAUCUCUCUUUCUUCAUCUCUCUCUCUCCAUCUCUCUCUCUCCAUCGCUCGGUUUGCUCGUUCUGUCUGUCCGGGCUCGGCUCGAGGAAUGUAGCGCGGCUCUGACAGCUCUCCCGGAUGCUUAUUUUUGGAUUUCAGGAGAAACAAGCUUGUGACCGGAGAGGGAAUGAGCCGAAUCAUCCUGAGAGGAGUGAUGCUGGGACCAGAGACUGCGAUUAUGGGAUGUGAGGAGCGUGACCUGCCAGACGGAAUGGAAGGAAGGCUUGAAUUAAUGGGGGAAAAUGAGUUAAAAGUAAACCUGAAUCACACGUGACGCACAGAUCACACAGAUGGGAGAUUUCAGGGCUGAUUUUAAAGUUCCCAUCAUCCCUCCCGGAGGUUCAGUGUCACUGAUAAUUGGUUGCUGUAAUAGACAGGCCAAAUCUCCCCAUGCACUUCACUACAGAAGUGACAGUGUGCAACAUGGGUCAUGCGUAAUCCUUUAUAUUUGAGAAAGAAGUUCCGUUGUCCACGAUCUCUUCAAACAAGUCGACACAUGAAUCCCGAGACUCGCUCCACGAUGUGUCCUCUCUUACAGUAACAGCGGCUCAGACUGAAACUGGUGAAGAGUUCUGAUGCUGGUUCUGAUGCUCGAGUUCCACAGAAUAACUGAUAACUCAGAAAAAGGAAACAGAAUGAAGCUCGGUGGAAUCUUCGAUAUGCAAUCUUUCCAAAGAACGACAAAAACAACCACGCAAUCAUGCACACACUCACAGUUUCAUUCUUAGGAAACCUUUUACACUGGCAAAACUCGUUUUGUGUGUGUGUGACAUCACAGCUCAUCUGUAUUUGAAUCUCUCCACCAAACUCCACUGACUCAAAAGUGAAUCCUCACUAGGCCUACACACACACACACACAGAGAGAAAUGCCGUCCGGAGCGUCUCACUUCGAGGAGAACCUCCUGUGCCCGGUGUGCCGGGACGUGUUCAGAGAUCCGGUUCUCCUGCUGUGUUCCCACAGCUUCUGCUGGGCCUGUGUGGAGCAGUACUGGGAGCAGAGUGUGUGUCAGAGAUGCCCUGUGUGUCGGGCGGACUUCUGCAUGGGUCGUCCUCCGUGUAACCGCGCGCUGAAGGACCUGUGCGAGAUCUUCCUGAGGGACAGGAGCCGCGCGGAGGAGGUGGUGUGCAGCGCUCACGGGGAGAAGCUCCAGCUCUUCUGUGUGGACGACCGGCGGCUGCUGUGCAGUGUGUGUGUGAGCGCUGACACACACCUCCGUCACACGUGCAGACCUGUGGAUGAAGCAGCAGAGGCUCUCAAGGAGCUGCUGAAAACACGACUGGGGCCUUUGCAAGAGAAGCUCAAACACUUAAAAUCAGAGAAGUUCACCUGCGAUCGAACAGCAAAACGCAUCAAGAGCCAAGCCGAGCAAACCGAGGCGCUGAUAAAGCAGGAGUUUGAGCAUCUCCAGCAGUUUCUGCGUGAUGAAGAAGCGUCUCGGAUCACUGCUCUGAGAGAGGAAGAGGAGCAGAAGAGGAAGGUGUUGGAGGAUCAGAUGAAGAGGAUCAACACUCAACUCUCAUCUCUGGAGGAACGAGUGAGGAUCGCGGAGGAAGAGAUCGAGGCCAGCAACAUCUCCUUCCUGCUGAAGUACAAAGGCUUUCCUGACAGUCCUCCGCACUCCAGUCCGUGUCCAGAGAAGCUUCCAGAAGUGCAGAUCGACGUGGCGAAGCAUCUGGGGAAUCUGAAAAGUGGAGUAUGGCAGAAAAUGAGGACGGCCGCUCAAUACAUGCCUGUGGUCCUCGACCCCAACACCGCUCAUCCGUGCCUCCAGCUCUCCGGCGAUCUGAGCGGCGUGAGCUUCGGUCAGUGGAGUCGACCGGCUCUGGGAUUCACGGAGAAAGGCGAGGGCUGUACGAGUGUCCUGGGCUCUGAAGGCUUCCGCUCGGGGACUCACUACUGGGACGUGGAGGUCGGGGACAACACCACCUGGGCUUUAGGGGUGAUUUCCGAGUCUGCCAUCGAGACACGAGACAAUCCGCCCAGUUCUGGCCUGUGGCGCAUCGGCUUCCACAACGGGACGUACGGACUAGGCCUGUCAGGGGAGUUUCUGACGCCGUUCCCUGUGAAACACAAGGUCCAGAUCAUCAGAGUCCAGCUGGACUGGGACGGAGGAAAACUGUCGUUCUUCGACCCCCUCAGCGACGCUCAUCUCCACUCCUUCGAGCACAGCUUCAGUGAGACGGUGUUCCCGUACUUCUGUAACGCGUGUCCAUCUCAAGCGCUGCGCAUCUUGCCGGUGGAGAUGUCCGUCCAAGGACACAAACUGUCUACACUAAACCAGUGUGAUGUAGAGCAAGCAGAACUGCACAAGUGAAGCUCUUAUGAUGCCUUCUUUUAUUAGUGUGCACAUAUUACACACACACACACACACAUAAUAAUGAGUUUUUAAGCAAUAAUAUUCUUACUUUAGGCUGUGCUCUUCUUUGAGAUGCAUUCGGUUCUCAAAUUAAAUUCAACAUUACGAUCAAGUGUUUUAAUGUUAAUAUUUAAUACAUUAAAUUGGCACAUGAAUUAUUGAAUUAGCAAAGGAAGGCAGGUAGAUAUAGUGUGUGAAGGAAAAUGCAAAAAACAUAUUAGCUACAGUUGCACCAUCAGCUUUUUCCAGCACCAGAUUUGCAUGCUUCCCCCCAUUUUAUCUUUAAAUGUCCUUGAGGUUUUUUUUAAUGUGUGUGCCUGCCUGUGUGCGAGCUGAUCUGCACACUGCUCUAAGGCAAUAAUCUAAUUGUAUAAUUCUUCUCAUGGUUUCUGCGGUACAUAUUCAAAUCAAGCUCACGAAGUAGCUAUGCAUUCAGCGUCUACACUGCAGUUAAAAAUGACAACAAAGCCAGUAAUUAGAGAACAACCGAUGACGUCACAUCGACGCAUCUAAGUGAUUUACUGGAUGGACAAAAAUAGAGUAGGCCCUAAUUACUGUCUAUGAGUAAUUCCUGUGAACUACUGGCAUUUGAAAGCAUCUGUUUCCGCAAGAAUUGUAUGCAAAUCAAGCCAUGUCCGAGUCUGUCACGUGACACGGCUUUGAACGUUUCAUCACCAUGAAAAACAGAAACUGCAGAACAGGUAUUGUUGGAAUUUCAAAUCACAUAAAACAGAAGCAAGCGUUUAAAAAAGCAUUCUUAGAACUUCUAACAUUCUCAGAUAAUCGGUAGACUAACUAUUAUUCAAAUAGCGGGAUGUAAUUGCGCCAUUUUACAGAUUAAAGUGAGUUAAAACAACAGCGAGGUGCACACUCGCUGUUGUUGAUCUUUUUAAGAGCUAUAUCAAUUCUAUAAUAUUUUUAUCUAAUUAAAAGUGCUUCAUUCAAGCCCUUUCUGCUUCUAAAACACGUAAAUCCACAUUAAUGUUAAAGCCCUGUUUAGGAGUGUUAAGAUUGAAAUUUGGACACAUGCUGCUGCCCGUUUCUGUGGUUCAAUUGGCCUACUGCUGUCUGUCUGUGGCACGAAAUAUAUACAUUCUAAUAAGUUUUGAGUGAGAAAUAUAAAUAUAUCCAAACUAUCUUGCUCCAAAACAACUUACACAGCUGUAUUAUAGCUUAUCGUCAGUGUGUUGAACACCAAGCGUUCUCUAUCUUUGUUAGUUCUGUCAAAAUUCAUGUUUUUAUCAGUCAUGCAAAACCCUAUCUGCUAUUAAACCCACAAACCAGCGACUGAACUGGCAAAUUGAGACUGUAAAAUUGCUAGGAAAUGUUUGUUUUUCUGUAUUCAUCAUCGUGCACGCGCACUCUUAGUUCUCUGGCUCCCUCUAGUGGUGAGAGCGGGAACAACGGAACGCUUUUUGACUUUCUCAGUUUGUGUAGCCCUACAUCUACUGUAUUCCCCCCCACAUUAAUGUCUAGUACAAUUAUGUAGUUUUGUUUUAUUAAUACAGUUUAUACUUUUUUAUUAAUUUUCCCCCGAAAGAAUGAAAGUAAAAUGUGACAACAUGCCCCAUAGGUGGGGUACAUAUGUGUCACAAUAGUCAGAAAUAAAUGCACAUUUAAUAUGAGAUGAUCCAUACUUUAUUCAAAUAACACACACACACUCAUAUUUGAUCUUAUUGGCCAUUCUUUCAUAUUUAAACCGGUAAUGAUGAUUAAAUCACUUUGAAUACGAGCAUUUGCUAAAUCAUGAAUGUAAAUGAACAUUCAUUAGCCGGUUUUAGGCAGAACAUUUUUCUCAUAGUUCCCAGCGUUGGUUAUGUUUCCAGCAGGCUUGUAU